AUGUGUGAAUGGUACAAGUUAUAUGGAGAUCGACUUACAAUAAUUGAGGUAAUUUUGACUUAUUUCCAGUUUUUUGAAGUAUUUUUGGGGUUUUAGGAUUGGAAAAUGGCAUUUCUUAGGAUUUUGUUAUUUAAAAUUUUAUUUUCUUACAACUAUGUUACCUACAAAUGGCAUUAAAAAGUCUUGUCGUCAAUUUACAUGUGUUUUUCAGUGGGAAAACGACAAAAUUUUUGUAACAGCUUAACAUUGUUAAUUCUUGCUUAAAAUGACGUUUUAAAGCCUUUUUAAUGUAAGCGAUCUUUCAGAGGUUUUACAUGAACAUUCCGAACAUAUUGGAGACAUCAGCCAAUUUCGACUUUAAUUUACCGGCCGAUUUGAACGAUAUUACUCCGUGUUGUGGGAAAUACCCAAAGGGAAUAAACAGUAAUGACAGUUCUAAUGAAGGCAAGCUUAAUCAGGUAAGGCUAAUUUAAAAUUUUUUUUGAUAUAUUAAAAAUUUAAAUAAAAAGUCUGUAUUAUGCUCUGUAGCCCUACUUGACCAACUCUCAUGCCCUUGGCGAUCUUAAUCAAUUAUAGUUCUAUUUUCAGUUCUACGCUCUUCAUUAUGGCCCAGAGUAUCGUACCAGUCGACAAGUGCAAGCCGAACAAUCUUUGGAAAAGGAAUCAUCGAAAAUGUCAUCAAAUAGUCAUAAAUCUGCUUCGAAACUUGAUAAAACUGACAAUUAG